AUGUCUAAAAGCACAAACAAUAACAUCAUAAUUUAACUUAAUAAAAGCGCUUAGCAAAUCCAGAAUAAUAAUACUACAAAAGCAAGCAAUGUUGGAAACACUUCCAAGUUCAAUCUCAGAGCAGAUAGUGAGCAGUAAAAUUCAUCAGUAUAUGAUGACACUCAUUUCAAUAGCUCAUUUUUCACGAUAAGAAAUGGAAAUAAGCCAAACGAAAAAGUGAAGAAAAUUGCAUAAAAAGAUUAAUAAAUUACCCCUACUAUUCUUGAGAAAAACAACUUUGACAGAGAUGCUUAUUCAACAAUCUAAAAUCCAAAGUAAAACAAGUCAGUCAGGAAUGAGUAUGGAUCGCUCUCCUAAUUGAUGGCAAAAUCACAAUAAAGAUACCUUUAGAGUAGAUAAAAAAAGCUAGAUCAGAGCACGUUAGGUAACCGUGAUGAGAGUUUGGAAGCUAGUAAAAAUUCACUUAAUAAUUUUCUUAAAAAUAGAAAGUAACUUUUAAAAAAUGAAUUAAACUACUAAAGCCUAAACUAAAAGGGACUUAAGCCUAAUAUGAGCAUUCAAAACAGAACAUUUACAGCUCAACCAAUUGUCCAAUCUAAUAACAGCAAAUUUAAUUAAAAUACUUAUUAAUAUUCAACAGAUACUUAGUCAUUCUCGUAACACCUAAGUGAAAAUAUGAAUCUUACCUCCUUCAAAUAAAAAUUCUUUAACAAAAUCAAAAAUAAAACGAAGUCCAAUACAAAUCUAAAUGAAGAUGUUAAUUUAAUAAAUAGAACAUAGAACAGUUCAAAUUAAAAUGUUUAAAGAUUUGAAAUACCUCAAAUUAAAAUUAUUAGAAAUAGUGAAUCUGAGAGUAGCGAUUCACCAAUUAAUAUCAAGAUAGGUCAAGGUGAAUAAUUUUUAAAUCAAAAUAAAAGAUCCAUAAGGACAAAGUAAAAAUUAGAGGACAGCAAACCUAUAAAGUAAACUGAUAGAAAUAAGACUAUACACUAACAAAGAAAAGAUUCCAUUGAGAGUCAUAAAUCUUCCUAACAGAGCAAUCAGUUUUUAGGGCAUCCUAAUAAAAUGAAGAAUUUUUACAAUCUGGCAUAGAAAGUGAAAGAUGAUAUCGUAAUAGAAAGAACCAAUACUAAUGAAUCCUCAUUGAUAUCUCAUGAUGAAAAAGUAUUCAGUCCCAAGAAGUACUAGGAGUAUAAAGAAAGAGCAGAAAAAAUAGUUAAAGAUGAGGAGUAAUAAGACUAAGAUUUGAUAGAUUAAGAAACCUGGGAGGUGCUAUUCCAAAUUCAAAAAUCAAAAUAAGGUCCCUUAUAAAUUAGGAAUAGCAUCCGAUUUUUCCUCACAAAUACAGAGAUUCAUAAGAGGCUAUUAAAUAAUUAGAAAAAUUUUGAAGAAGUCCAAACAGAAGUCUAAGAAUACCUUAACAAUGUCUCCCCAAAGAGACCUUCGAAAAAUAUAGAUUUGAAAGAGAUUCAAAAAAUGAGAGACUAGAUUUAAUCCUAAUAGAUAGAAAAAUUUAAGGAGCAAAAGAUUGAGGAACUUAAGUUGAAGUAUUAGAGUAGCUAGACAUAUAAGCCAAGUCAAAUGAUUACAAUCAAGGAAGAUAGAAAAACCCUGAAAGAUCUUAAGAUAAUUAAAGAGGAGCAAUAGUAACAGCAUUCAUUAUCAUAGUCAUAGGAAUCUCGGAAACAAGAUUAAACGUUACAAGUAGAUAAAAAGGAUAAAUAGAAGGAACUUAAAAUGAAAUUAAAACGGCAAGCAAUGCAAAAAAAUGGUAUGAAUUUCAUUAAGCUAAAUGAAAUGAUCUCAACUCUUAGAGAUAGGCUAGGAUUCGUUUCUAAGAAAUAAAAGAUCAAAGAGCUGUUUAAGCAAAUUGCAGAGGAUAUCUAUGAAAACAAAAAGGAAAAGAGUAGAAUAUCUAAAUCAUCUAGAAUCAUAAACAGAUCUUAGAUGGCAGGUGAAGACUCAAUAUUUUUUAAUGACUAGAACAGUAGUUAAUCAAUAAUUAAAAAUGAUAGAAACUUCUAAACUGUCAAUAAUUUCUCUAAAAACAUUUUAAGCAAAGAGAAAUAUUCCUUAUCUCAAGAUCCCAAAUAUAAUACAAUAACUGAACCUAAAUUUAACAUACGCCUUGAGAAGGCUUAACAGAGCACCUCUUCCUACGGCCACUAAUCCUGCAAGCUUAAGUAUAAUGAAUCUCUCAAAGCUUACAGUCAAGCAAACAUAAAAUUAGAAUAAUCCAACUCAAUUAAAGAGUACUCCUCACAGUUGUUAUCUUAGAUUCUCCGCAAGACUCCAGAUCAAAAUGAUGACUUUAACAAUAAUGAGAGUCCUUUAGGUAUAUUUGAUUAACCUAGACCUUCAGACCCCUUGAAACCAGGGAAUAUAAGUGUUGUGAGAGAUAUUAUGGGCUCUCUGUACUCUGAUGAAAAAUGGUCUAAAAUUGCGAGCAAUCCGUAAUUCUCUAAAGUUAUGGAACUAAUGUGUGAUUUCUAUGGCAUGAAAAGUAAAGUUAAUAAUAAAUAUGAUAAUGACCCGAGGUUUUUGCUAGCAUAGAAGCAAUUCAAAAAAUAUUUCAAGGAAGAAAAUUAGCUUAAGGCUGUGAAUACCUUGAUUAAACUUCAAACAGAUAAGUUAAUUAAUGAGGAGGAUGAUGAGGAGAAAAAAUCUGUCAAGAAGGAAUAGUAAUUUAACAAGCUGUUACAAGCAGCUGGAAAGUCUGACGAAAUAAUUGAUAAUAACCUUAAGAAUCAAUCUCAGAUCAUGAACAGAUAUUCCAAGUUUCUCAAUAAAUGCUUUUUUAUUGCUCAAGAUGAUUUCAUUAAGAAAAAGUACAAGCAAUAUAUAACAAAAACUGGAUAAGCUGGAGGCUAAAAUUUCUAUAAAAGAAUGGAAAAAGAUACUUAAUUGAGAAAAGAAAAGCAAUAACAAACAAUAUUUGAUAUGAAGUCAACAUAUUUUAAUUAGAAAUCAACAAUAGAUAAGGCAAGUAAUCGUGAUUCUAGUACUGAUAUUGAUCAAAAGACUAGUUUUAGAAGGCCUAUUAUUCCAAAGAUUAAUAAUAAAAUGCCCUCUAAUCCUUCAUUAGUUCCAUUUGAAUGUAAUCAUCCUAAAGUUGAAUAAGAUGAUUUAUUAAUGCCAUCUAUUGAAGAAACUGAUUUAUUACUGAUGUCAAGAUCAAAAUCAUCGUCAACUUAUGCAGGGUCUACAAAAUAUGGUACAGGUGCUCCUAAAAAUGAAAUAGCUAGAAAUAAAUUGUUUGGUGAAUUAGCUUUUGAGAGAAUAGAGGAGGAAAGAGGAACUUAUGAAAGUUUUAAAAAGAUUAGACCUUCUAGAAUUUAAGGUAUAAGUGGUGAUUAGAUUAUUGAUUUGAAGAUUUAAGAUCUUGAAUUUAAGAUUAUGACUAAGAAACGCAAGGAUAAAAUGAAAAGCUUUUCAGAAAAUCGAAUAUAUUGA